AUGGAGCUCGAUUUUGACGCAAACAACUUGCUUGAAGAUGAAGCUGCUGAAGUUGAAAAUAAUGAUGUGGAUGGAAUUGAAGGGGAAAGAUGUGGAAUUUGCAUGGAUAUAAUUAUUGAUAGAGGCCUUCUUGACUGUUGCCAGCACUGGUUCUGCUUUGAAUGCAUUGAUAACUGGUCUACGAUUAUGAACUUGUGCCCUCUUUGCCAGGGAGAGUUUCAGUUGAUUACAUGUGUCCCUGUGAAUGAUUCAGGUGAAAGCAGCAAGGUUGAUGAGGCUUCGUUAUCAGGAGAUGAAGAUUGGUCCAUUGAGGAGGAGACUGAUGCCGUCUCUUCUCCGUCACACUAUAUUGACGAAAAUGAAGUUGUCUGUUUAGAAGGAGACCUUUGUAAGAUCCGUAACAGCUUCAAUUACAUUGGAGGGGAUUCCAACCUCGAUACAUCAAUUGCUUGUGAUUCUUGUGACACAUGGUAUCAUGCUAUUUGUGUGGGUUUUGAUCUGGAAAUCGCAUCAGAGGAUACAUGGGAAUGUCCAAGAUGUCUCUCUAGUGAAAAACCACUUGAAUCUGAUGCUUCACCAAUGGAGACAAGACAGUCCUCGGAUAUUGCUGAGAGGACAAAUAGCGGAUGCUCAGCCGAGGCUGUUUACUCUGGAAACUUUUCAGUUUCAGUUGCCGAUGAUGGCGAGACAGCUCUUGUCGUAUCAACAGUCAAAGGAGAGGAGUGGCUUAUGAAACCAAGUGAUACCACUGCAUCGUCCGUUCAAUCUACAAUGGACCCUGAUCGCUCGCAUCUGGAAAUAUGUUCAAGGAAGGAAAAUACGGUGCAGAUCCCAGGAAUAUCGGAGCUCACGGAGUCCUUACCUCAUGAUACACCAUCUGAUUCAAAGCAGACCAGUUUUUCGGCCCACAUGGAGAAUAUAGCAGACCCCGUUACAGGACUUGGAGAGAAGGACUGUGUACCAGUAAAUGUUAAAAAAUCUCUUUCCAGUACAGCCAUUUCCAAUUCAGAUGUUCUUAGUGUUGUCAGCUUAAAGAGAAAGCAUUCAGAUUGCAGUGGUAAUGAUGACAAUUUGGAAGUUAAGGCCGCGAGUGCAGAACCUCUCAUUGAACCAAAACUUGAGGAAAUGGAAGAAAUAGCUACCAUGCACCAAGAGAGCAGAUCCCCUCCAAAGAAAACAACUGUUGAUAUACUCAGCAUUCUCAAUGCAACUGGGCGUAAAAAGAAGCUGAUGCGCCCAAAAACUACUGAUAAGUCUUCAGAAGGAGACAAUGCUGUUGGUUUGAGGGUAAAGAAAAUUAAGAGGACACCGGCAGAUGAUAAAGAGUCAUUGGUUCUGGUUGAGAAACUAAAGAAAGAAAUAAGAGAGGCCGUUCGUAACAAAUCGAUGGAAGACAUUACAAAGAAACAAUUCGAUCCAAAACUCUUGGCCGCCUUCAGAGCUGCUGUGGCAGGACCUAAAACUGAUGAAGCACCUAGAAAAAUUCCGGCUCUGGCAGUGAAGGCAAAGAAGUUGAUGCUGCAGAAAGGAAAAGUCCGAGAGAAUCUGACAAAGAAAAUUUAUGCAGAUUUAAAUGGGAAGCGGAAAAGUGAAUGGCACCGGGACUGUGAAGUUGAGUUUUGGAAGCAUCGGUGCACACAAACUAGAAAGCCUGAGAAAAUUGAGACUCUAAAGUCUGUUCUUAGUCUCUUGAAGAAAAAACCAACUGACGCUGAGACAAACGUUUCGUCUGAUACCACACAGGCUGCAAAUCCUAUUCUCUCAAGAUUGUAUUUGGCAGAUACCUCCGUAUUCCCGAGAAAUAAUGAUAUCAAGCCUCUUUUGACAAUCGGUGAAACGGGGACUUCUCAAAACAAUGCACAAACCACAGAAGUGGACAAGACCUUACCAAAGAUCAGUGAUGUCAAGGGAGGCAUCUCAAAAGCUGCCGGGUCGAAAAUAAACUCUGGUAACAAACAGUCCAUAUUUGAGAAUUCAGAUGAGCUGAAGAAAGAUAAAAGGAAAUGGGCAUUGCAAGUUCUUGCAAGAAAGAAAGCUUUAGCAGGCAACAACUCAAGCGAAGACAAAGAAGGCUGUCCUGAGCUCAAAGGGAAUUAUCCAUUGUUGGCUCAACUUCCAGCUGAUAUGAGACCAAACCUUGCAACCAGUCGCCAUAAUAAAGUUCCUGUUACAGUUAGGCAGGCACAAUUGUAUCGCUUGACAGAACACUUCUUGAAGAGUGAAAAUCUUCUGGAAAUUCGAAGAAGUGCAGCGACAGAACUAGCUGUUGCUGAUGCUAUAAAUAUAGAGAAAGCGAUCGCUGACAAAUCAAGUAGCAAAGUUGUGUAUCUGAAUCUAUGCUCACAAGAGAUACUGCACCAUUCACAGAGAAAAGCAAUGGAAAAUAAUGCUGGAGAGCCAAAUUCUUCAUCACUAUUGGCUAAUAACGGAACUGAAGGUAUUAGCGAGAAAGAUUCAGAUGAUGCAGCCAUCCUUCAAGCGCUCAGAGCAGCAGGUCUUGCUGAUUCACCACCAAACAGCCCGACCCAUUCAACGGAAGUUCCUCCAGAUAAAGGAGACGGUUCCUUGGACAAAGCCAGGGACGUAGGCUCAGCUAAUGUACUCGACAUAGAAACCGUUCCUGACACAGACAUCUUUGGGGACUUUGAGUAUGAGUUGGACGACGAAGACUAUCUUGGUGCUACGGUGGCUGCAAAAGCUUCAGAAACGCAGCCGGAUGCAGGUUUGAGUAAGGUGAAGGUAGUUUUCUCCACUGUUCAACCUGAAAAGGUUAUAAAUCAGUCUGAAGUUUUGGGGAAUGAAGAAGCAACUGCAAACCAGAAAGAGAUCACAAAUGGUGAAGAAGACGGGAAGUGCUGUGCUCCUAUGGAACCUGUACCCGAAGCUGAGGGCGAGGGAGAAGGAGAAGGAGAAGGAGAGGGAGGUGAGAUCCUUUCUCUAGCUGAAUGUGAAGAACUGUAUGGACCUGGUACCGAGAAUCUGGUUGAAAAGCCUCUCGUUGAAGGAUCUGCCGAGAAUGGUCUUCAAGCUAAAGCACCUGACUCAGAGUGCGAGAGCAACACGCAGAGAGAGUUCAUCGCUUCAAAUUUUGAGCACACUUCCGUUCAAGAGAAAAAGCUUCCCAAAAAGAUUCAGAAGAGUAAUCCUCCAAGCGAGAAGCCAUCUAAAGAAGAGAAAACAAAACCUGAUGGGAUCAGUAACUCUAUCAUCAAGAAGGUUGAAGCAUAUAUCAAAGAACAUAUCAGACCACUGUGCAAGAGCGGAGUGAUAAACGUGGAACAAUACAGAUGGGCAGUGACUAAAACGACAGAGAAAGUGAUGAAGUAUCAUAGCAAAGCCAAGAGUGCUAAUUUCUUGAUCAAAGAAGGCGACAAGAUCAAGAAGCUCGCCGAGCAAUAUGUUGAAACUGCUGCUUCUUCUUCCUCCGGAGCUCACCACCACAAGGACAAGUCAAGCAAGUGA